CCGAUCGAAUCUACUGCCGAAUUUCAAACGGGUUUAUCGUUUUGAUGCCUGUCCACCACCAGUUCUUGACCAAAUUCGUGAUCGUUACCGAAAUGUUCGGAAAUCGGAAUUACCACUGAUAGAAGCAACUAAGCAGAUAGUUUUUAUCGACGUUUUGAUUGGUCUGCUUUCCGAAGAAGGAUUCGAUUUUCGGCAGGGACUUGAUGGAAACCAUCUUUUGGUCGAUAGAAUACAUAAGAGAAAAAUUUUUGUCAAAGUUGUAGAUGAGGACGAAGAAAAAAUUGGUGAUACCGAAAUGCAUGGCGCUGAAGAAAAAAUUGGUGAUACUGAAAUAGAUGACGCCGAAAAGAAUCUAUAA